AUGGUGAGAGCUUUGGCAUUGGUUGUAGUAACAUUGACAUUUCAUAUUGUUAUGAACAGGUCUUCUGUGAAAUGUUCCAAGAGUCACUCUCUUUCUAUUCUUCACAAAUACUAUUAUCCUGGUGACUUUACCAUUGGUGGCAUUCUUUCCCAGAUUUACAUAUUUUCCAAUCUAUUAAACUUUGAAGAAGAUCCUUCUGCUGAAGUAUUUGAUUUCACCAACAAUUUCCGUGCCAGGUGGACUUAUUGUGCCUCAGUCGAACUGCUCUCUACCCGGGCCAGGUUUAUCCCAAAUUAUAAAUGUGAUAUCCAGACCAAUAUAGUCACUGUUAUUGGUGGUCCUAACACUAAUGUUUGCCAUUUUAUGGCAAGCAUUUUAUGCAUCUACAAAAUUCCACAGUUUGCCUAUGGUUCAGCUGCAAUGAUGAAUGACAAAUCCCAAGAAGUUUUCCUUCAUCAGCUAUUCCCAAAUCUUGACCAUCACUAUAAGGGGAUUCUCCAGCUAUUGCUGUAUUUCCAGUGGACAUGGAUUGGUAUUAUAAAAGAUGACAUCGGAGACAGUUCCAUGGAAAACAUACUAUCCAUUUUUGCCCACGAAGGUGUCUGCUUUGAUUUUGUAGAAACAUUUCCACAAAUAGGUUUUUCUUCAGAAAUCAACUCAAUAGCAUUGGAAGGACUGAAGACAAUUAGCAUUAUUAUGGAAAGGACAGCCAAUGUAGUAUUUGUACUGAGUGAAAUUCAAAGUAUUAUGGUUUUAAGAAUUAUGCUUCAAUUCUCCAAAUUUCAUGAAAUACCAAUGAAAGUAAAAGUAUGGAUUUUCACUGCCCAAAUGGAUUUCACAUCACUUCCGCUACUACGGAGCUGGGACAUGGAUUUCAUCCAUGGGGCUCUCUCCUUUGCAGUUCACACCAAAGAUGUUUUCAGCUUCCCUCAAUUCCUUCGAACCAGAAAGCUUCCAUCAGAAGAAGAUGAUGGUUUUUCCAGGGAUUUCUGGGAAGAAGCAUUUCAAUGCUCUUUCUCUCAUUCCAAUAUAGAAACAAAGUCAGGGGGAAUAUGCACUGGAGAGGAGAAGUUAGAAACCCUUCCUGGAUCUGUUUUUGAAAUGAGUAUGACCAGCCACAGCUAUAGCCUCUAUAAUACUGUUCAUGCAGUGGCAGAAAGUUUGCAUGGUCUGCAUUCCUGGACAACGAACAAAAGGGCAAUCAAUGAAGAUGGAGGAAGAGAGCUUCUCAAUCAACAACCAUGGAAGCUUCAUCAUUAUUUGAAAAGCAACUCAUUUAAUAAUAGUAUUGGAGAAACCUUCACCUUUAGUUCGCAUGGAGAAUUAAUAGCUGGAUUUGAUAUUAUAAAUUGGGUUACAUUCCCCAAUCAAUCCUUCCAGAGAGUAAAAGUUGGAAGAGUAGCAGCACUGGGUUCUCCUGAGAAAGUAUUCACCAUCUCUGAAAAUGCCAUCAUAUGGCCCAACAAUUUCAACCAGGUUUGCCCCGUUUCUCUGUGUAAUGACAAUUGUCAUUCUGGUUAUAGUAAAACCAAGAUUGAGGGGAAACCAUUUUGCUGUUAUGAUUGUCAUUUAUGUCCAAAAGGAAAGAUUUCAAACCAAAAUGAUAUGGAAGACUGUUUUCAGUGUUCAGAAGAUAAGUAUCCCAAUGUGGAUCAGAAUCUGUGCCUUCCAAAAGAUAUCAGCUUCCUCUCAUUUGAAGAACCUUUGGGAAUUACACUCACUCUUUGGGCUCUUUUGUUUUCUAUCCUCACAGCUUUGGUGCUUUAUGUCUUCAUUAAGCACCAGGAGACUCCCAUUGUCAAAGCCAACAACCGGAACCUCAGCUAUAUUCUUCUCAUUUCUCUUUUGUUUUGUUUCCUUUGCACUUUGCUCUUUAUUGGACAGCCCACAAAGCUUAUGUGUCUCCUUCGACAAACAACCUUUGGCAUCAUCUUCUCCAUAGCCAUUUCUUCAGUUUUGGCCAAGACCAUCAUUGUGGUUCUUGCCUUCAUGGCAACCACACCAGGAGGUGGGAUGAGAAAAUGGUCUGGAAAGCAAAUGGCCAGCUCCAUUGUCCUCUCCUGCUCUUUUAUUCAAGCCUUGAUUUACAGUGUGUGGUUGGUGACUGAUCCUCCCUUUCCAGAUGUUGACAUGCACUCCCUGAUGGAAGAAAUUAUCCUGGAAUGCAACGAAGGCUCUAUCACCAUGUUUUACAUUGUCCUGGGCUUUCUGGGCUUCCUGGCUACCAUCAGCUUCACAAUGGCCUUCCUGGCCAGGAACUUGCCUGACAGUUUCAAUGAAGCCAAAUUUAUCACCUUCAGCAUGUUAGUCUUCUGUAGUGUCUGGGUGUCCUUUGUUCCAACUUAUUUAAGCACAAAGGGCAAAUACAUGGUUGCCGUGGAGAUUUUUUCCAUCUUGGCCUCCAGUGCUGGUUUAUUGGUCUGCAUCUUUUCCCCUAAAUGCUAUAUCAUUGUAGUGCGGCCUGAACUGAAUAACAAGGAACAAUUAAGAAGACGAAAGUCAUAG